CGCUGCUCCCUCCCACGCCGCACCGCACACGCGAAUUUGAUCCCCCUUUUCUCUCCCCCGCUUCCUCCGUCGGUAUGGUGGCCGCCAUGGAGGACGAAGCCUCCAAAGCAGCAGCAGGAGCACACGAGCCCGUCGCCGUCGUGGACGACGAGGUAGCCGCGCCCAAGGUGGUAGAAGAAGCCGUCUCGGGCUCCGGCUCCGGCGAGCCCGACCAGGCGAGAACGCCGCCGUCCCGUUACGCGGCCGUGGUUAUCGGCGGCACCUUCGACCGCCUCCACCGCGGCCACCACCUCUUCCUCAAGGCGGCGGCGGAGCUGGCGAGGGAGAGGAUCGUCAUCGGCGUCUGCGACGGCCCCAUGCUGUCCAAGAAAAAGUAUGCUUACCUCAUACAACCAAUCGAGAAGAGGAUGGAAAAUGUCAAGGAUUAUAUUAAGUCCAUCAAGCCUGACCUGGAAGUCCAUGUCGAGCCAAUCACGGACCCUUAUGGCCCCUCCAUUGUUGAUGCAGCUCUGGACGCAAUCAUUGUCAGCAAGGAGACACUGCCAGGAGGGUUUGCUGUAAACAGGAAGAGGGCAGAGAGAGGCCUCACACAACUGCAGAUUGAAGUGGUGGAACUGGUGCCAGAGAAGUCUACAGGGGACAAGAUCAGCUCCACAACAUUCAGAAAGAUUGAAGCUGAGAAGCAACAGCUGCAACGAAUGCAGGAUCAGCAGCAGCAAGACCAAACGUUUCAGUUCGAGUGCGAUACCUAGCCAACCUCCUCAUGUGGACAACUGAAUUUCAGUGGGCAGAAAAAUGCGUUGUAAAUUUUUCCGUAUACAGGAUUUCUUAUACUUCACAUACAAAAAAGGAUCAGCAGAAGAAAACUGCAGCCACUAUUGUAAAAAUGGCUACAAACUACAAAAGGAUUACAGAUUUUUUCCAACAUCGAUACGCCAUGCAUAUGCUGUAAUCAUUACAGGAUUUCCUAAUUGCGAACAUACAAAGGGCCACCGAAUUUGGCUCCUGCUCAAA